GAAAUACAUUGUUAGAUAAUCUUGUUGAAAAAUAUGAUACUUUGACACGACAAUGGACUAUACCAAACAUUGUAGGAAAUGUGUCGAUGUCUCUAAAAGGUGUUCAAUGCGUUGUUUCAGAGGAUAUGAUUUAUAUCUUUAGUGGAAAUGCAGAAAAUAAGAUGAUUAUUUUAAAUACCUCAAGUUUAACAUUAUCGGCAUUAUCAUAUGUUGGCGCGCCUGCUGCAUUA